GGUCCAUCGCGCAGUAACAAAGCAGGCGCCGAUUCUGAAACGAAUUACAGAUGGCAGGACUGGGAAAGCUGCGGGUGGCGGUGGUGGGGGCCGGGGCGGCGGGCCUGUGCACCGCGCGCCACCUCCUGUCCCGCGGGGACACCUUCGCCCCUCCCAUAGUUUACGAGCUCACCAAGAACGUGGGCGGCACCUGGGUCUAUGAGGAGAGGGUGGGGAAGUACGACAAUGGGCUGCCCAUCCACAGCAGCAUGUACCGGGACCUCAGAACAAACAUCCCUAAAGAAGUGAUGUCCUUCCCCGACUUCCCCUUCGAGGAGCAGCUUCCCUCGUUCGUCCAUCACACGGAGGUGCGGAAGUACCUGGAGAAGUACUGUGACCACUUCCGUCUGAGGGAUCACAUCCAGUUUGGCACAAUGGUGGACUCAGUGAGGCCGGUAGAGGUGAGGAAGGGCUGGCGGGGGAUGGCCUGGGACGUCACCACCAGCAACGGGGUCGACGGGAGUAAGACCUUCACCGAGCGCUUCGACGCCGUCAUGGUGUGCAAUGGGCAUUUUUACGACCCUUAUAUCCCAGAUAUACCUGGUCUGGAGAAAUUUUCAGGAUCUCUGAUGCACAGCCAUGACUACCGCAGCGCCGAACCCUUCUCUGGGAAGUCCGUGGUGCUGCUGGGAGCUGGGCUGUCCGGCCUCGACAUCGCCAUGGAGCUGUCCGCUGUCAACGCAAAGGUCAUCCUGAGCCACGGCCUGCGCCCUCUGACCUGCCCCCUCCCCCCGGGGGUCCAGCAGGCCCGUCCCGUUCAGAAGGUCCUGGACGACGGGACCCUGCAGUUCCAGGACGGGGCGCAAGCUAAGCCUGAGGUCUUCCUGUUCUGCACCGGCUACAACUUCACCUUCCCGUUCCUGGACUCCAGGCUGGGGCUGCGGGUUCAGGACCACCUGGUAUCCCCGCUCUACAAGUUCCUGAUGCCUCCAGCCUACCCUUCGCUCUUCAUCGUGGGAAUCUGCAGGGCCAUCUGCCCCUUCCCCCACUUCCACUGCCAGACCCAGUUUGUGCUCUCGGUGCUGGAUGGCUCAUUCUCGCUGCCAUCGCGUGAGGAGAUGGAGCGGGAUGUGGAGGAGGACAUUGCCGCACGCCGCGCUCGGGGCAUCGCCACGCGCCACGUGCUGAAGCUGGACUCGGAGCAGUGGGCCUACAACGACGAGCUGGCCCGCCUGGGCUGCUUCGCCCCACUGCCGCCCUACUGGAGCAACCUAUACGAGUCCAACAAGGUGUUCCGCGCCCGCGACAUGCUCAACUACAAGACCUACCGCUACACCGUGCUUGGCGACAGGGACUGGGUGGUGCACACGCAGCAGGGCCAGGCCAUCCAGAAGCCCCUGCCCUAAAGCACAGUCUGUGCGAACACCUGUUCAGCCCACCUGCAGGAACUCCUGCCCCCACUCACAGCUACAGAGAGCAAUGGACAAAGGAUCAGCCUCAUGUAGUGGCUUUCUGCAGCUUCCUUUUCUAGGUGCUAAAGAUCUAAUUGCUGAAACUUCAACGAAGCAAGCAAUGCAAAUAAUCCCUCAGGAGGUUUUUAGAAGACUAAUUUUGUCCCUUUUGUACUAAGUGUUCAUUUGUCCCUGGUACUAAGCUGUCCAAUUAUAUAAUUUUUUAGUAGUUGUCCUCAACUAGGGCUCUUUCUCAUUCUUAAUGGUGCUAUGUUCUAUGGUGCUAGGAAUGAAACAACUGCUGCUUAACUGUCUAACCAGCCUAUUGAUUUUCAAAUGCCUUGUACAGUCAGCCUCUUAGCCUCCCACAAGACCCAAACAUGCUGGUCGCUGGAGUUCAUAACUUUCCCACUGUGUUCCAGCAUCGAGUCAUUGCUAUGUGGCUAGCCUUCCACCCACAGUAUCAUGGCAUUUUACUACAUGCCAAAGAUCUUUCUAAAUGUAUAACCCGUGCACAUUACUACCGUCUCCUUGUUAGAUUAACACACUCUAAGAUCCCCUAGUAAUGUAAACUCAACUAUAAUAUGUGGUCUUCUGUUUUUUCAUGAAACUAUGGUAGACUCUUGGAAGCAGAACUUUCGAUUUCCAGACCCCCUUGCUUUGUUUCAUUGAAACUAUUUUGUUCUGUAUGCACAUACCAUGGAGUGCAUAUGUACACAGAUGCCUUACAAUUGUGCUUGUACAUUGGAAGUCGCUUUAGCGUCUGCUAAAUGACAAAAUGUGAAUGUACAUGUGACAAGAGCAGGUGCAGGAACCAUAGGAAUAGGGUUUUUAACCCCUGUUUUAAUAUGUACUUUGAAACUCAAACAUUAAGAAAUUAAACUUAAGUCAGUUGAUUUGGCCUUCUGUUGUCAGGCUUUCUGUAUGCUUCACACUCCUGUCUUUAUGUUUCUGCUCCAAAUCAGCUGCAUUGUCCUGAUUAAUGAGGACAUUCUAGUGAGUGAAAAGAGUCACUUAAUACGUAUUUAAGAUCAUGCACUAAUGGACUAAUUAGUCUUACAAAGGAUCCAGUUCCAUAAUGUAUGUAUGAGGAUUUCAUACAACAAAAUAUUAUACUGACAUAAAGUUCAACCUCAUGCAUGUCUUUUUUAUUUUGGAUGAACUGCA